CAUAUAUACAUGUAUACAUAGAUACCGUGUUUGUAUGCACAUAUACAAACACACACACAAACAUACAUACACAUACUCAGUGUAGUAUGACAGAAAGCUUUUUUGAUUUGAUGUGUUGAGGUGAAGUCAGUGAGAAAAAAUGGAUUCUCAGCUAGUCUCUCUGCAUCAGCUCAACAGUAUGCUUGCAGAAAACCCAAAUUAUCAAGAGCCUUCAUGGCAACAGGGUCCCCGUGUAAGAGAACAAAGGACGAAGUGCUGUACCUGUUUCGCGUCUGUUUCGCGUCACGUACACUGGCACAAGUGUGAGAUGAUUUCAUGGCGCCGGAGCAGCAGUGUGCCAGUAGUGCGGCAGCUGAUGACGUGCUGUCCAGACUACCUGUGUCACGCUAGCCAGGGAGGGAAGGCACUGCUGCGUCUUGCGAAGAGGACAGUGGCUCUAUGCUGCCCUCGUCGUGCUGCUGGAAGAUAUAUAUACGUUUCUCUCGUGUUAAUUGAUGAAUUGCCAAUUGGAAGGGUGAUCUCUCAGUGUAUACAGAGUGACGUUAGAAAAGCAGUGCAUUUUGAAACACAGUUGUAUCAAAGAAACGGGACAAAAUAAACGCUAGUGACAACGAUCCCGUGAAAAUCAAAAAGGGAAAAGCAUGCAGACAUCCGUCCCUUCUUGAGAUGGUUGACCUGCACACAGAAAAAGGCAGGCGUGAGCUUCCACCGCCUUCCGGAGUGAAGACUUUAGGAAGCCGUUUUGUGAGUGAAAUAAAGUGCCUUAAGAACAAUCGUCUGUGCCAACAUUUAGCUGAUAUUUAGUAAACGUAGCAAGUGCAGUGUCAGUUUUUUCUGUAUCUGCUUGGUGACAAAAACGAAAGAGACGGGCAUCUAGAUUUCUCGGGAUGAGCAAGCUGUGGCCCUGACAGGCGUGGAUG